AUGCAUUUUCAGACGGAGGUGCGAGUAAUAAACGCAUGUGCCGUGUCUUUGCUGAUCUCUGCGUUUCUCAGGAGUGAUCUGCUGAUGGUCUGCCGGCAGCUGAACAUGGAGGAUUCGGUGGCAGAGAUCAUGGGGCAGCUCGGCGCAGACGAGCGAGGAAACAUCUCCUUCGAAGACUUCACACGCUGCCGCAUGCAGCUGGUCAACGAGAUCCGCAAGGAAGAAGGAGAGCUAUUGCUGCUCUCCAGCGACUCGGAGAAGAGGACACCUCACGAGUGUGUGGCCUCCAGCAGCGAGAACAGUCUAGGCGCUCGUGAGAGCUGGGAGUUUGAUUCUGGAGCUCAAGACCUGCGGUCUCCGACACAAACACAUGCUCCGCAGCAGAGCUCCGCGUUACUCCAGAAACUCCUGGAUCAGCCCAGCAUUCUGGAGCCUUCGGCUGGACUUCACAAGCUCCUGUCCCAGCAUCCCAGCUGCCUGGAACUGGCCAAUACUCUGCAUCUGGCUGCUCUGGCGUCUCUGAAGGGUGACGUGGUGGAGCUCAACCAGCGGCUGCUGCAGACCGAGAGAGAGAGAGACGCACUGGAGAAGAGACUGGCCAAAGCACAGUGUGAGGAGUCUCAUCUGCUGCAGGAGCACGAGGAGGUUCAGGAGAGAACGACGCUACGCUACGAGGAGCGAAUCACAGAGCUGCACAGCAUCAUCGCCGAACUCAACAAGAAGAUAGACCUGCUGCAGGGAGCCACCAUCAGGGAGGAGGAUGAGUUUUCCGAGCUUCGCUCCGAUCUCAGUCACAGCCAGCAGGAAGUUAACGAGGACGACCGGAGCGUCGAUCAGGACCCUGACCAGGCGUCCAUCUCACUGCCUGAGAACCAGUCCACGCUGGUCACUGCAGACAUGGAUAACUGCAGUGACCUGAACUCGGAGCUGCAGCGGGUUUUGACGGGGCUGGAGAGCGUCCUCUGCGGCCGCAAGAAGAGCACAUGUAGCCUGUCCGUGGCGGAGGUGGACAGACACAUCGAGCAGCUGACCUCCGCCAGCGAACACUGCGAUCUGGCCAUCAAGACGGCGGAGGAGAUCGAGGGCGCUCUGGGCCGGGACUUCUACCCCAGUCUGUGUGAGGAGCGUGUGCGCUGGGAGAAGGAGCUGGCUGGACUCCGGGAGGACAACGAGAGCCUGACUGCGAUGCUGUGCAGUAAAGAGGAGGACCUCAACCGCACCAAAGCCACCAUGAGCGGCAUCCGAGAGGAGCGAGACCGCCUGCGCCGACGCGUACGAGAGCUGCAGAUGCGUCUCCAGAGCGUUCAGCCCGGCGCUCCGUCGAGUCCUGGGCGUCUGACGCCGGCGGGACGUCCCAUCAAUCCCAGCACCGGAGAACUCAGCACCAGCAGCAGCAGCAACGACAUCCCUGUCGCCAAAGUGGCGGAACGAGUGAAGCUGUCAAAAACGCGCUCAGAAUCGCUGCCAGCGGAGAGAUCCGUCCUCGGCUCUGAAAUCAGCAGCAUCGGGGUGUCCAGUAACGUGGCUGAACACCUGGCUCAUUCCCUUCAGGACUGCUCCAACAUCCAGGAGAUCUUCCAGACGCUCUACUCGCACGGAUCCGCCAUCUCCGAGAGCAAGAUCCGCGAGUUCGAGGUGGAGACGGAGAGACUCAACAGUCGUAUCGAGCACCUGAAGUCUCAGAACGAUCUGCUGACCAUCACGCUGGAGGAGUGUAAGACUAACGCAGAGCGGAUGAGCAUGCUGGUGGGGAAAUACGAGUCCAACGCCACCGCGCUCAGACUGGCCCUGCAGUACAGGUACACACACACAAACCACCUAAUUACAGUCCGAGGAGAGCAGGCGGGUGAAGAGAGCAUCACACAGAUCCUGAAGAAAGCUCACGACAGCAGAAAGACGGCAGAGAUUGCCGCUAAAGAUCUCCUGACGCGUCUGGAUGGCAGCUGCGGAGCUGCGUUUGCGGUCAGCGGCUGCAGUGUCCAGCCCUGGGAGAGUCUCUCAUCCAAUAGCCACACCAGCACCACCAGCUCGACGGCGAGCAGCUGUGACACGGAUUUCUCCAAAGACGACGAGCAGCGUCUGAAGGACUACAUGCAGCAGCUGAAGAACGACCGGGCGGCUGUCAAGCUGACCAUGCUGGAGCUGGAGAGCGUCCACAUCGACCCGCUGAGCUGCGACGUCAAACCCCGCGGAGACUCGCAGAGACUCGACCUGGAGAACGCCGUGCUCAUGCAGGAGCUCAUGGCUAUGAAGGAGGAGAUGGCGGAGCUGAAGGCGCAGCUGUAUCUGCUGGAGAAGGAGAAGAAAGCUCUGGAGCUGAAGCUGAGUACGAGGGAGGCUCAGGAACAGGCCUAUCUGGUGCACAUCGAGCAUCUGAAGUCUGAGGUGGAGGAACAUCAGGAACAGAGACGGCGGUCGCUCAACUCCACCGGCAGCAGCACUGGAGCCAAAGACAAGAGCGGGAAGGACUCUGAUUCUCCAGCGAUCAGUCUGUGUGAUCUGAGGAGUCUAAGCGACAGCGACCUCGCAGCGGAGCUCACCAGUGCCCUCAGGAGAGAGAAGAAGCUGAAGGGUCGUGUUCAGGAGUUGGUGGCGGCGUUAGAAAGACUGACUAAGAGCAGUGAAGUCAGACAUCAGCAGUCGGCGGAGUUCGUUAACGACCUGAAACGAGCAAACAGUAAUCUGGUGGUGGCGUACGAGAAAGCCAAGAAGAAGCACCAGAACAAGCUGAAGAAGCUGGAGUCUCAGAUGAUGGCGAUGGUGGAGCGGCACGAGACGCAGGUGCGGAUGCUGAAACAGCGCAUCGCUCUUCUGGAGGAGGAGACGUCUCGACCGCACACCAGCGAGACCUCGCUCUGAACUCGUGAAAACUCACGAACACGAGACACGUGUGUGACACACCAAACCCUCCAGACAUCACCGUCUCAGCAAAACCACACAAAAGUCAUCAUUCUGUCAUCUCUUCUGAGGAACAUGAAAGAAGACGUUUCUCGGGAUGUUCACGCUGCUCUUUUACACAACAGCGACUGUCCAGAAACAAAAAGCAUAAGCCCUCAGACGUGCUCGUUUUGUCAAGUAGGAGACGGCGUUUAUUUUAUACUGUUCAGUUUUUCCCAUUUAUGAUUAUGAGGUUCACAGUUUUUAUGCUUUUACUAGUCAAACCGGUAAUUAUGAGCAAAAAUCCUCAUAAUUAUUCGUAAUCUCAGAAUGAGUACAGCAGCACAAAGAGACAAACUCGUCGCUGGUUUAGUUUAAGAAUUUCAUAAUCAUACAGUGUAGAGAAAUAGAGUUUUGAGCAAUAAAUGAGAUUAAACUCUCAGGCCUCACAGGACUAGUUAAGCCUCCGAUGAAAAUUCUGUCAUCAUUUACCCAGUUUCCUAACAUUGGUAAUCUGUGCUGGGUUUAUGAUCCAUAAUCAGAUUUAUGAACUGUAAAUACAGAUUGCAGACAAAUCAAGGCCACAAAUGAUCAAUAUGAGAUGAAUUAUUGAUUUGUUAAAACACCACUUAUAUUGGCUGAUGAGAUGUUAAACAUCAAUAUAUUAUUUUAUCUGUAACGUCACUUUACA